ACUACAUCCCGAUCACACAUUUUACGGCCGUCUCAGUACAAUGCAAGGUGGAUCAACCGGAGUCGGCUAUGGUCUCAAAUAUCAGGCUAGAUGCAUUUCCGAUGUGAAAGCAGAUACGGAUCACACCAGUUUCCUCACUGGUACUCUCAGUCUCAAGGAAGAAAACGAGGUGCAUUUAAUAAGGCUUUCGUCGGGGGGUAAUGAAUUGAUCUGCGAAGGUUUGUUUUCGCAUCCGAAUGAAAUUUGGGACCUCGCUUCUUGUCCUUUUGAUCAACGCAUAUUCUCCACCGUCUUCUCUUCGGGCGAAUCAUAUGGAGCAGCAAUAUGGCAAAUCCCCGAGUUAUAUGGCCAGCAGAAUUCCCCACAACUUGAAAGAAUUGCUUCUCUGGAUGCUCACAGUUCUAAAAUUAAAUGUGUUUUAUGGUGGCCUACUGGAAGGCAUGACAAGUUAGUUAGUAUUGAUGAACAAAAUCUCUUUCUGUGGAGCAUAGAUACUUCAAAGAAGACUGCCCAGGUACAAUCACAAGAAUCCGCAGGUAUGCUCCAUUAUUUAUCUGGUGGAGCAUGGGAUGCGCAUGAUGUUAAUGCUGUUGCCUUAACUUGUGACUCAUCAGUUCAACUUUGGGAUCUGCGAACAAUGAAGACGACUAAUUCAAUUCAGCAUGCUCACGUCCGUACUGUGGACUACGACACUAAAAAGAAAUAUAUGCUUGUAACUGCUGAAGAUGAGUCUGGGAUACAUAUAUGGGAUCUCAGAAAGCCGAAGUUUCCAGUCUCUGAGCUACCUGGACACUCACAUUGGACAUGGACAGUUAAAUGUAAUCCGGAGUAUGAAGGCUUGAUUCUGAGUGCUGGAACUGACUCAGCUGUCAAUUUAUGGUCGGUUCCUUCAAGCAGUGAUGAUUCUACUUCGGACAGCCUGGUGGAAUCACCUACAAGGAGGGUAGAUCCGCUGCUUCAUUCGUACACUGAUUAUGAAGACAGUGUUUAUGACCUUGCUUGGAGUUUUCGAGAACCCUGGAUAUUUGCAUCAUUGUCUUAUGAUGGGAGGGUAGUUGUGGAAUCAAUUCAACCCCAUCUUCCAAAGAAAUGAAUCCAAGCAAAUGCAGUAGAAUUGAUUUGGUUCUGAAAACUUAAUCAUACUGAGGCUCUAUUGCUUUACAACGACGAACCUCUGGUAUGGUGUUUUUUCCUAGGUGAAAUUUUCAUUCUGGAGCUUUUCAAACAUUUGCAGUCCAUAGUAAUGACCUGUGUGCUGUUCUUGUUCUUAGUGGACAUCAUAUAUUUGUCUCUUUUGGAGGGGGAAGAUGUGUUGAUGCCCAGGAAAGUUAAUUUAGUGAACUUCUUUCGUUAUUUCGAGCCAAAUAGCACUACAUGUAGCUAUUAGCUAUCAGCACGUUUUCCUGUGCAACAGUUUACCUAAACAAAAUGUUCAUUUCGAAAUGUUACUGUAUUGAUAUUGUUACUUUUGGAUUACCCUGUAUAAUGUGCAUGCAUAUACCUAUUCA